UUGCGUCUGACGUCAGGGCGUGGGAGCGAGCGAGGGAGAGAGGGGGAGGUGAGGAGACGAGAGGAAGCUGCGAUAAACAGACAGGGGUCUGCGCCUAAAUAGGACAAUAAAGUGAUCACGGUAUCAAUGCUCUAACAAUGGAUCUAGCAGAUAUGAUUCUCGUCAAAUUCAUCUGUUUUGUCUACUUUAUAAAUUAUACUCAAGGUUACCAUUAUGGGAACCCCCUGAAUAAGUACAUCCGUCACUAUGAGGGUCUGUCCUAUGACACUUACGAGGUUCAUGACAAGCACCUGAGGGCCAAGAGGGCCGUCAACCACCAGGACAGGUUCCUCCAUCUAGAAUUCCAUGCACACGGAAGGCACUUCAGUCUGCGGAUGAAGAGAGACACCACACUGUUCGCCGAGGACCUAAAGGUGGACAUGGGAGGACAGGAGGUUACCUAUGACACUUCCCACAUCUACACUGGGGAGAUAUAUGGUGAGAAGGGUACGAUGAGCCAUGGGUCAGUGGUGGACGGGAAGUUUGAAGGCUUCAUCCAGACCCGCCAGGGGACGUUCUAUGUAGAACCUGCGGAGAGGUACCUGCAGGACAAGGAUGUUCCCUUCCACUCUGUCAUCUACCAUGAGGAUGACAUCCAUUACCCCCACAAGUACGGCCCAGAGGGGGGCUGUGCCGACCACUCUGUGUUUGAGAGGAUGAAGAAGUACCAGGCUUCGGCCGUAGAGGAACCAAAGCAGGAGUUUCACCCUGAGAAGGAGUCCAGUGAUCCAGUGCUGCUGAGGAAGAAGAGGAUGGCCCAGAUAGAAAGGAACACCUGCCAGCUCUUCAUUCAGACGGACCACUUGUUCUACAAGCACUACAAGACCCGAGAGGCCGUCAUUGCACAGAUCUCCAGCCAUGUCAAGGCCAUCGACGCCAUCUACCAGGGGACGGACUUCAUGGGCAUCCGAAACAUCAGCUUCAUGGUGAAGCGGAUACGGAUCAACACCACCUUAGAUGAGCGGGACCGGUCCAACCCGUUCCGAUUUGCUAACAUCGGGGUGGAGAAGUUCCUGGAGCUCAACUCGGAGCAGAACCACGACGACUACUGCCUGGCCUACGUCUUCACCGACAGGGACUUUGACGAUGGGGUGCUAGGCCUGGCCUGGGUCGGAGCUCCUGCAGGGAGUUCUGGUGGAAUCUGUGAAAAGACCAAGCUUUACUCUGAUGGAAAAAAGAAGUCCCUGAACACAGGCAUUAUCACAGUUCAGAACUACGCCUCCCAUGUUCCCCCAAAAGUCUCACACAUCACCUUUGCGCAUGAAGUGGGACACAAUUUUGGGUCGCCGCAUGACUCGGGGUCUGAGUGUACGCCUGGGGAGUCGAAGGCCCAGGAUAAGAAGGAGAAGGGCAACUACAUCAUGUAUGCCCGCGCCACGUCUGGGGACAAGCUGAACAACAACAAGUUCUCUGUGUGCAGCGUCAGGAACAUCAGCCAGGUCCUGGAGAAGAAGAGAGGAAACUGCUUCGUUGAGUCGGGCCAGCCCAUCUGUGGCAACGGCCUGGUGGAGCCGGGGGAGGAGUGCGACUGCGGAUACAGCGACCAGUGUAGAGACCAGUGUUGCUAUGACGCCAACCAGCCUGACAACAAGAAGUGUAAACUGAAGCCCAAUAAAGUGUGCAGUCCCAGCCAGGGUCCCUGCUGUACCUCCGAGUGCUCUUACAAAGGUCGAAAUGAGAAGUGUCGCGAGGAGUCGGAGUGUGCUCACCAGGGCAUGUGUAACGGGGGCACGGCCCAGUGCCCCACCUCCGAACCAAAGGCCAACUUCACCGCCUGCCACGGAGAGACGCAAGUCUGCCUCAACGGGGGUUGCUCCGGGUCCAUCUGUGAGAAGUACGGUCUGGAGGUGUGCACCUGUGCCAGCAUGGAGGGCAAGGACGAGGCCGACGAGCUGUGCCACGUGUGCUGCAGCGACAAGAUGAACCCCAACACCUGCAGCAGCACCGGCUCUGAGAAGCUGGCCCGCUUCUUCAACAAGAAGGUGACCACGCUGCCCGCGGGGUCUCCCUGCAACGACUUCAAGGGCUACUGUGACGUGUUCAUGAAGUGUCGGCUGGUGGAUGCUGACGGGCCCCUGGCCCGACUGAAGAAGGCCAUCUUCAACCCCGAGCUCUACGAGAACAUCGCAGAGUGGAUAGUGGCCCACUGGUGGGCGGUGUUGUUGAUGGGCAUUGCUCUCAUCAUGCUGAUGGCCGGUUUCAUUAAGAUCUGCAGUGUCCACACCCCCUCCAGCAACCCCAAACUACCACCUCCCAAACCACUUCCAGGCACGUUGAAGAGGAGGCGGGCCCAGCAGCACGCCCGCGAGGCCCGGGACGCCCAGGUGGCCCAGUCCCACCACGGAGGUCACGGCCAGCAUCACCCUGUCUCCGGGGGCCAGCGGCAGCAACCAGCGGCGUCACGCCAAGCCCAGCCGCAGCCCCAGAGGCACCACCGUGGCGCGGGCCAGUCCAGGGAGAACUAUCAGAUGGGCCAGAUGAGACGCUGAGGCGCGCCGGGGGCCGGGACCGCUGCUCCACGCCUCGGACACUCCUUGUGCCUAUCUACGAAACUGGUGGGAUUCGGACUUGAACCUGUUUGUGGGAUUUGAACCCGCUGUCUCCAGGGCAGGAAUCUAACGCCUUGACCAUUACAUUAGUAGGAUUUCCUACUUUUUUCUUUUUUGGGGGAACGGAUCAAAGGAAAUCAAAAAGAAAAUCUCAUGUUAGUUUUUACACACUAUAUAAUUUCCUUUUGGUGAAUGGGUUAAGGCGUUAAGUUGCUACUUGGGAGGACGCGGGUUCAAAUCCCACUGGUUUACAACCUGACAGUGAGAUGAAACACUUCACUCCAUCCAAAGAACAGCCUAAACCAGUUACUCACCAUCAUCGUGCAAGUCUAACUCUACAAACCGAUGGAUGAACUUGGGAAAGUGGAGAGAAAAACCGACCCCCUCCAGUGACCCCCACAGAGCCUGCUGACUUCUUCAGUCCACAUCCUUUUUCCUUUUUGCUCACUCUGUCUGUGGGAGUGUAAUUGACCAUCAGCCAUUUCGUCUUUGAGUGAAGUGGAAUUGACCAUCGGCCAUUUUGUCUUUCCAUGGAGUGGAAUCGAUCAUCGGCCAUUUUGUAUUUCAGUGAAGUGGAAUCGGCCAUUUUGUCUUUGAGUGAAGUGGAAUCGACCAUUGGCCAUUUUCUUUCGGUGGAGUGAAAGUGACCAUUGGCCAUUUCCAGUGCUGUGCAGUGGGUUGUCCGGUCUGGUGUCCUCCCCCCUCGCCGUGUAUUUACUGUUUUCCUUCAACGGAGUGCCAAGGAGUGGAAGAAUGGAAAGGAUUUGUCACGUGUAGCUAUAGUACCUCACCUUCUAUUAACGGUUCUUUCUUUCAAUUUGCAAACUCCCUCCUCCUGAGUGGCUCCUGGCUGGCUGAAAUGUUUUGUCAGCCGUGUAAACCGUGAGGUAAAAGUGAGAAGAAGGCUCGGAGUGAGGGGUUCUGCUGCACUUGUGAUUACCACACAAUGUUUCAAAGAUGAAAGACAAAAGGCUUGUCACUUUUCUCCGUGCAGACUUGGCCACCUGUUCUCUGCAUGUGUCUGUACAGAUCUCAGUGUAACAUAAUGAGUGGGGGGGGGAACUAAACUAUUUCUUCUACUGUACAUUUCUGUAUAAUUCUUCUACUUUUUUGGUUAGUACUGAACUCUCAGGACUCAAACACACACACACACACACACACACGUGAAGGUAUCUUGGUGAGUUCUGUGUACUGGACGCUGAAGAUGGACCUCUUACUGCAGUGGAAUCCUAUGAAGGGAACUGUCAAUGGCAUGGUGAUGAGGUUGCCGUUUCCGGUUGCUAGAGGUCAGAUGUCAAAGGCCAGUAGGUCACCAGUAGUCACCACCUCAUCAUACUACUUCUCACCUGUCUUUGGCCAUUUGUGACGUUCAAGAUCUCUGGUCAUCGUCCUCUUCAUCUGGUGUUUUUGCUAACAAAUUCUUCGUCUUAGUCAUAAUGGAACCAUCAAGAGGCGAAGGAAGAGGGGGAUAUGUUCCUUGGUUUAGUUUUUGCACUCUUUCUUUUUGCUGUCCCAUUUUCCUUUUCUCUUAACAUGUUCUGAUGCAGAAGAAUUAAUAGAUAUAACCACUAAGUUGAUGAUAAUUUUAAGUAUUUUACGGCAUAAAUGAAGGCUGGCUAGACGUCGGAUGUGUCCUAAAUGCCACCGUAUUCCCUAUGAAGUGCUAUGGCCCCUAGUCACUAGGAGUGCACUAUGAAGGGAUUAUGUUGCCAUUAAGGACAAACACAUACUUCAGUGUAUCGAAGUUUCACUGCUUGUUUUACAAAAGUCUGGAUUAUGAACGGAAAAACCCAAUCCAAUAUGGAUGCACAAAAAACAAGUUGGGACACACUUGAUAUGAGCAUGCAGUUUUUCUUUUCCUUUUAUGUGACUGGAGUUGAUUGGCCGAUUUGGUCUUUGCCGUUUGUCGCCGUCGAUCACAACCACCGCAGUUGAUUAGUUCUGUUGUUUCACCAAUGGAGCGGUGAGGAGUGAUUCCACGGCGGCGACACCUUCAGACUGUCUGAUUUGACUGACACUAGACCAAUGUUCAGAAACAAACUGAACAGUUCGGUCCCCCUUCCUGUUCUCAUGGGCGCAAGUGCCCUCGGGUCACGUUCAUUAGGCUCUUAAUGUAAAAAAAAAUUAUGACUGAACCCCCCCUCCCCCCUCUUUUUGUUACCUUUUGCAAGAUGUUUGCACGUUUCUUAUUUAAAUUGCACACCCUGAUGAACGUGACCCUCCCACGCAGCGACCCCUCAGGCCCUGCUGAGAUAGAGCAUCUCUGUAGGCCCUUACAUUGGUCCCCUUGAACGAGGUUGUGCCAUACUUCUCUUUGUACUUGUCGUUCAUUCACAAACGAUUCUUUGUACUUGUCGGUUGCUCAUUCACAAACGAGUCUUAUUUCUGUGUUCGUAGCUUGUGUCUCGGAGGAGCCACCACGAAGGUCCUGAAAAGCCAUGUGUUAUUUUGAACAGGUGAACUGAGCACUCAUGGCCUGGUACCCGAUCUGUCUGUGCCGUCUGUUCGACUGCUGCAGUGACUGUCAUGCUGGAUAGUUAUUUGACUAUAGUUGACCAGAGGGCAAACCGUUCGGUAGCCAGGCUAGAAGCGUCGUCUUCGGGGGGAGACGUCGAGACUGAAAUCGUAGUAGUUGAGGGGGUGUUUUAGCUCGAGUGUUUAACCCCCAACCGUUAUACUACAAAGCCUGUAGAUUUUUUUUGAUUUGAAACUGUUUAGUGGUAGAUUGUGGAAACGGAUUCAACGCUCUCCCAACCCACGUCUGAUUUAUGGGGAUCUUUCAAGUAUCCAUCCCAUUCAUGCCAGCUGUUCUACUUUGGCGCUGAUAUUGUCAUUUUCAACUCUGGCAACAGUGGCAUCGGUGUAACCUGGCUAGUACCAGACUGGUACGGCGUGGUUUGGCCCCGGUAUGCCAUGGUUCGGUUCAAGGGAUACGGUAUGGGAUAUGGCGCAUCUCUGUCUCACUUUGAAUCCCUGCUGAGUAACCGGGAGACUUAACAAAGCGUGAAGCUUUUCCGUAGAAGAGAAGUAGAAUAAAACCAUCUUACCGGCUAGCACACAGUACACCAGCCCAGACCGGUUUCCUUAUGAGCUUGUACAGAACUUGGAGAAUUGAGUUUUAUUCUGAGAUAUAUGUAAGAAUUUUGAUACGUCUGUUACAUUUCCCCAGCCCAUUUUUUGUAUUAUAAUUCCAGGAACGAACUAUUCAGAGAAUUUCAUAUUUGGCAAAACCUCCCCUUCGUAGAAACAUUAACUUUUUUCAUCACAUUUAAAAUCCGUACUUAACAUUUCAUAAUGAGGAUUUGUGAGACGAUGAAAUGCUUAUAAACUGCUCAUUGUGUUUACGAAGUCCUUAUUUGGGUACUCUACAAAUAGUGUUACCAACCUCCCGUUCCUAAGUUAUGUGUGUUCUAUAUGUGCUAGUUGAAAUUGAAUUUAAAAGGUUUUCAACUUUUCUCCAUCAAAAUGGUAAAAACAACUCGAUGUGAUUGACAAAACUAAUUUUUGUUUUGUUCUGUCUAUUACCCUGUGGCAUGUUUUGGUUUAGAGAAGCCGCAGGAGAAGUUAUCCCUGUAAAUUUCCUUUUUAUUUUUUAAUUUCGUCUUCAUGGUAAAAAAGUUUUUAGAUAUACAACGUGCACUGAAUUGUCCAAAAUUGAGUUGAAAAUGUUGUAAGUGAAAUUAUGUAGGCCGAAAGAACACGAUUACAUGAUUAAAAAGUAAAAACUA